GCAAUUAAACAAAUGGCCAGAAUUGUAUCAGUUAGGCUGGGAGACAUCCUGCCCCCAUUCUUCUAUGCUUAAGAUUUGAGCAGCAGGAAAGGUUUUGCAUGUUGUUCAUGCCCCAUUGUCUAACCUCCUGUUGUCAUGUACGCUGAUCUGUAAAGGUCAAGGUGUGGUCUGAUUGAGACAUUUGAGAGACGACCAGAGUUGAUGGUUAGGUACAAAUGGAAAUGACUAUUGUGAAAAGCAAACGACUUCAUUCACUCACAUUUUAAUGAGCACGUCAGUUGAAACCUUGUGGUGCAGGUCAUUUUUCCACUGAUGCCAUUAACACAAUCAAUGUUUGGUCUCAACUCACAACGGCCAGUUGCGUUCUAUACAUAGGCCAAUUGACUUGAAAACAGACUGAGUUUUUAUCUAGUUAAUAAGAGUUAAUAAGCGUGUAUAUCAAAGAUGUCUUACUAAGCCCAUCUGCAUUUUGCCUUGAUGUCGAGGAUUUCUAUGAAUCCUUAUCAAUAGACAUACAUACAUUGAUUGAAUUGUGUCCCGGAGCACAUUUGCAGUUAGGGUUUCAAAUGCAUGGGUUUAAAUGUUGUCUGACACUUGUGCUGUGGGCCAAAGUUCAAUAGAUUAAUUUAUUUUGUGACUGAGCACACCACAGAAGUGUGGUACCAGACUGAAAUUAUAGCUUGAGUGUAUUCUGUCAGUUUAAUUAAAUCAGGCACUGCUCUUGAGGUUCCUGACAAAAGGGAGAUACAUACAAUGUAGAUUCCAAUCCCAAACAAUUAUCAGAUAUGAAUAGACCAUUUUCAUGGGUAAUCCAAAAUAGGGAAUUUAUUGUUAGAAUGUUCCAAGUGUUAUAGAGAGGGGCACACUAAAUAGUCACAGGGAGCUGGUUAGGAAUAGUUUGUGACUAACCAAGCAUGGACACAGAUGACUCGGUAUGGUUAUUAGAGCAUGAAUCAAGUGCAGAGACAACGCUUUAAAUAAACAGCCUGUACUGUGAGGCCCAGACAAGGCCUCUCGGUGUUAUGUUGGACCCGAUGGACUGUCCAAUAAUAGGAUACGGAUUCAAAGGAACAGGAGGCCAUAAUGCUUAUCGGUGUCGUCUCCCUUCCAACUUGCCGUUAUGAUUGACCUACAAUCCAGCUCUGGUAAAGUGAGGUGUCCCAUUUCUCUGAGACACACUGUUUUGUAACAUUCAUGAUAUUUAGUGGAUGACAAGAUAGCAUGCAGUUGGUCAUUAUUAAAAACGUAUAACUUGGUCAUUAUUAAAAACGUAUAACUAUGUGCCAUUUAAUAAUCCAUCAAAUAUUAACAAAUACACAGUCAAUUCAAUUUCUAUUCCGUUGCUACACUCAUCUUGUCACAGAUGCUUUUUCCAGUUGUAGACAGGAAGUGACAUGAGGGUCAUCACAGAGAGUCAUAUUUUAUCUAAUUAGCGGGUGGGGUACUAGCGUCUCAUGACUAAAGUGCUUUUCAUUUUCAGGGAAAAUGCCUGUUUAAUGAGAGAGGGGACAUAUUUAUAUUUACUAUCGAUUAAAGGCAUUGAUUCAUUUAAAGGAAUUCAUACCAUGCAGCUGCUGAAUUGUUUAGAGGAGCAAGGCCAAUAUAUACCAGUCAUUAAAUCAAGCCCAAUAAUAACCUAUAAUUGUAUUUGUUUAAUCCAAAUAUAUACAUUGUCUUCAUAUCGAUUACUGUAAGUCAAUAUUGAUAUUUUUUGUCUGUAUUUUUACAAAACCUAUAUGACAUUUCACAUUGCGUAUUUUGUGGACAUGGUCAGGUGGUCAAUGCAAUUUUUGGUAUUACUAGAGCCGAUUCCAUCUGAACCUAGGAAUAUUGUUUGCAUAUUUCAAGCCAUGCUCUUAUUUUGAAGGCCUGUUUCAAGCUUUUAUCGGAAAUGACGCUCCCGGAAACAAAUUUCAAAGCACAACAAAAAGUAGGCCUGUCUGCUACUCUAGCCAGAUGUGUGAUUAACACUACAAAUAAACUCACAAACUACAAAGAUACUGUUGUGUACUUUUACAUUUGUAAUAUGUAUAGGCCUAACUUCAGACAACAAAGCCCGGGAGUGGGGUCAAGACGGGGAGGUUUUCGAAACUCAACUCCUACGGGGGACAAUGGCGCAGGAGCUCUCCAGGAUGCAUUUCCAUCACCAGCAUGGGCAUUUCGUGGUGGCCCACCUCCGUCUUUUGGAUCACCAAGAUAUGGGCAGUUUGACUCCCCAAAUAAUACCCCAAGACAUUUUGGUGGCAACGCUAGAGGUUAUGGCGGAAGUGAUGGUAAAAUGAAAUUUGAUAACAGCGCAUCACCUGGAUAUACACCUCGUGGAUGGAAUCCGAAUCAACAAGGCGGUUCUCCAUACAGAAAUUCUAGUCCCAGGCGGUUUAUGGAAUAUGGGAGUUCACCACGGAAUUCAUCUCCCUUCGGGUCGACACAUGGUAGAGGUAAGGGGUCAGAUGGUGUGGAAAAGUAUUACAGCCCAACUAUGCUGCAAGACCCCUGGGCUAUUUUACAGCCAGUUGCAGUAACAGACUCUAAAUGCCAACAAUCCACAAACACGGGCAAGCCUGGGAGAUACUACUAAAGGAAUAUAUAGUAUAGUAUUUGUUUAUGCAUGUUUUGGAUUAGGAGGUGCAUUUCUAUCAGUCUUAACAGCAUCCUUUAUGGGAUUUAUGGUGUAUGAGGGAAAUCCUCUGUUUAUAUUACAAAGCAGACUACAGUACAAAUUAACGGAUUUCGGCUUUAUUCAAACCCUGUGAAGAGCCAUUUUAUCACUUACAACAAAUGCAAAAAUGUGUGGUUGCACUUCAGUAUACAUUAAUGUAGAUGCGUUACGUCCUGCAUUCUAUAGUCAUAGAUAUUGAAAUGUCCCCUCUCCAGGUCACUCACUGUCCACUGUGUUUGUAAAUCUAAAUGUGAAAUUUCUUAACACCAGAUUAUCUAUCCUGAAUCUU